UCAGCGUUCAGUUGCGUGAAAGUGCACCGUGAGAUUGAAGUUUUGGUGGUGCGUUUGGCGCGUAUUUUCGAAAGUUUCCAUUAGUUUUGUUAUGCGAUAUGACUUUUUAGUGGACUUUAUAGUGAAAACAAAUAAAACUGCCGGAACUGCGGGUUAAAAAAAAAGAUUCGAAAUGAAUAAUUCAACGGAGGGGUUGACCGAGUGGCAGAUUUAUGAGGCCAUGAAGCAAAACAGAUACACGGUGAUCGGGAUUUAUGUCAUCGUGUUCCUCGUUGCCCUUCUGUCCAAUUUAAUGUUGAUUGUGAUCGUUGUUAAGGAUCGAUACAUGCAAAGCAUAACAAACUACUUUCUAGUUAACUUGUCAGUUGCGGACCUGCUGGUGACAUUAAUUUGCAUGCCGAAUGCAGCAUGGAGGGCGUACACUGACGCAUAUAACUUCGGAGCUGUUUCUUGUAAGAUAUCAGCUUACCUACAGGGAGUCUCAGUGGCAAGCAGCAUAUUCACCAUAACAACGAUGGCAGUAGACAGAUACUUAGCGAUAAUCCGUCCAUUUGGAUUAAGGUAUAAAUGUUUCAACAAAACCACCACCGUAGUGACGAUUUUCGCCUUAUGGGGUUUAUCGCUGAUCCUGUUUUCUCCCAAUCUCUGGAUAGCCGAGUUACAGCCGGUGGCUUAUGGUCCAGAUCUGGCGAUCACCCUCUGCAGGAUGGAAUAUGACAAUUCACCGAUUCCCCAAGAUGUGAUCGCGAUCGUUUGGUUUGUUUUUGUGUUCGCUGUUCCAGGUUGCAUAAUGACGAUCGCAUACUCCUUGAUGGGCAAAACGCUCUGCUCCUCCCUACCCCCGUUCGAUAAUAACGAAUCUGCGUGUGCCCAGCAGAGAAUUAGAGUAAUGAAGUCCCGUAAACGUGUAGCCGGGAUUCUUCUGUUACUCGCGAUGGUAUUCGCCGCCUGCUGGCUUCCCUAUCACAUAAUGAGCCUCCUGGUAAACUUGGCAGGAGCCGAACUGGACCCGAACGAAACGGUUUCCGUAUAUUUGCUACUUUUGGGGCACGCCAACUCGGCCCUAAACCCCAUUAUCUAUUGCGCCUUGUCCAGAAACUUUCGGAACUCGAUUAAGAACUUGCUUAAGUUCAAGAUUAGGUGCAGAAGGAGGAAGACUUUGAAUAAUUGGGCAGCCGAUAGUUCUGGAUCAGGAUUCCAAGGGCAGGCGCCCCACAACAAGGGGCUACCGCUACUGAAACAGUACCCGAACGACUUCGGGAUAAGCCGCAGACAGUCGUCACAAAAAACGACGAAAACAUGUGCUGUCUAAUUAUUUAUUUAUUUUUAUUGUUAUUGUAAACGAGGUUUUUUUUUUGGUACGCCUAUGGUUGAACUCUCCCACUACCAAAAAAUUCAGAGGCAUGGAAUUUUUUUUAAUAAAUAAUUUAAAACAAUA